AUGCCAGACGCGACCGAACAGCCAUUCAAAGUCUCAGUCCCGGACGCCGAUAUCGACCUCCUGCACAAGAAGCUCGAGCUCGUCCGUCUACCUGACGAGCUGGACGAUGCAGGCUUGGACUAUGGCGUCCCGCUGACAGACAUCCGCCGCCUUGUCGAGUACUGGAAGAACGGAUUCGAUUGGAGGAAGGCAGAGGCCGAAAUCAACGAAGUUCCGCAAUUCACGAGAGACAUCGACGUAGAGGGAUUUGGCACGCUCAAUAUCCACUAUGUCCAUGAGAAGAGCACAGAGGAGAAUGCAAUUCCCUUAUUGUUCGUGCAUGGAUGGCCUGGUCAUUUCCUCGAAGCCAGGAAGAUAUUGCCGUUACUGACUACCGUGUCACCUGAGCAUCCCAGCUUUCACGUUGUAGCGCUCAGCCUUCCGGGCUUUGGCUUCUCUGAGGCUCCCAAGAAGAAGGGUUUCAGCGGUCUGCAAUAUGCGGAGGCCGCUCACAAGUUGAUGCUGGCUCUCGGAUAUAAGGAAUAUGUCGUGCAGGGGGGAGAUUGGGGCUACUUCAUCGCCAAAACGAUGGCUUCACAGUAUGGUAAUAAAGGCCUCAAAGCCUGGCACACGAACUCCCCGUUCGCCGGCCCGCCAACUCUGCUCGCCAAUCCCCUACUCUUUCUGUCACACAUGAUCACUCCAUGGACCGCGGCCGAACGCGCAGGGCUCCAGCGCACGAUGUGGUUCCGUAAGAAGGGCAGCGGCUACUCCCAGGAGCAGUCGACGCAACCACAGACAAUCGGGUAUAGUCUCGCAGACUCCCCCGUGGGCCUGCUCGCAUGGAUCUACGAGAAGUUGGUGAACUGGACCGACAGCUAUCCUUGGACGGAUGACGAAGUGUUGACCUGGAUCUCCGUCUACUGGUUCUCGCGCGCGGGACCUGCAGCUUCGGUACGCAUCUACUACGAGGUGAAGGCUGCAGCGGACAUCUCGAAGCAAUGGAGUCCAGUACCGCUUGGACUGUCAUUCUUCCCGAAAGAGCUCGUGGUGGGGCGUAAGAGCUGGACGCGAACCCUCGGGCACGUUGUGUUUGAUGCAGAACAUGAUAGAGGCGGCCACUUUGCCGCCUUUGAGAGGCCAGAAGACCUGGCUUCGGACGUACGUCGGAUGUUCGCUAAGGGCGGGCCUGCAUAUGGUGUUGUGCCCGGGAAGCUUGGUUACCGAUUGUAG